AGAAGCAGGGAUUUAUGAUGAAAUUGUACCGAUGUCGUAAAUUAUACAAUUAAAUUCCUUUUUACAAUAAAUUAAUUAAUUUUUUUUUCGAAUACACUGUUCUUAUUAUAUAUAAUAAUUAUAUUAUAAUAGUGUAUCCCGUGUGACCUGUUCCUGUUAUCGAAUAUGCAUGCAUAUAGACAGUUAUUAUAUAGUCCCGCUCGUUGGAAAUGUGUUCUACCUUCGAGUUUGAAGACAACAUCACUCUCGGCAAAAUCAGACCAGUACACCAUACAAGAAUGUCGGCAGUAUUCUGCAAGGAAAGGAUUCUUCUCAUCAAUAAUAGAGAACAUCAAAGAGGAUAUUGCAAAGAACAAGGAAAUGAAAGAGAAUAUAAAAAAGUUCAGAGAGGAGGCACAGAAACUUGAGAACUCGGAAGCUUUGCAAGCAGCUAGGAAAAAGUUUCACGCCGUUGAAUCAGAAGCGUCGAAGAGUUCAGAAGUAUUGAAAGAAACCAUUGAGGGUAUCAAAGGAAAAAUGGAGCAUGUACUAGAGGAGGCGAGUAAAAGUGAUAUAGCCAAAAAAGCAGGGAAAAUUACGGAGGACAUCUCGAAGACGGCUCGCAGUGCUGCGGAGGGUAUAGCGGAUAAAGGACAGAGAAUUGGACAAACUUCUGCUUUCAGAACUAUAUCGCAGGCAACAGAAGUAGUGAAAAACGAAAUGUCACCCCGAGGACUCGAGGGUCGUGUCUACAUCGCUCCUGUCGCCUUAAGGAAACGUAUUGAGGUCGCAGAAGACGAAAGAACGUUUUCUCCGGACACCGAGACGACUGGAGUGGAAUUGCACAAGGACUCAAAGUUUUAUCAGCAGUGGGAGAACUUCAAGAACAACAAUCAGUAUGUUAAUAAGGUUUUAGAUUGGAAAAUCAAAUACGAAGAAUCGGACAAUCCAGUGGUGAGGGCGUCGCGGCUGCUCACAGAAAAGAUGGGAAGUCUGUUCGGGAACAUGUUUGAAAAGACUGAACUAUCGAAAACCUUGACGGAAAUCUGUAAAAUCGACCCGAACUUCACCGCACAGAAAUUUCUCGAAGACUGCGCCAACGACAUCAUACCGAACAUUCUAGAGGCUAUGGUCAGAGGAGACUUGGAAAUACUGAAGGACUGGUGUUACGAGGGCGUGUUCAACAUUCUCGCAACCCCGAUCAAGCAGUGCAAGCAGCUGGGCUACCGCCUCGACUCCAAGAUCCUCGACAUCGAACAGAUCGAGCUGGUGAUGGGCAAGAUGAUGGACCAGGGGCCGGUCCUGGUCAUCACGUUCCAGUCGCAGCAGAUAAUGUGCGUCAGGGACGGCAAAGGGAAUGUUAUCGAAGGUUCUCCGGAUAAAGUUAUGAGGGUUAACUACGUGUGGGUGCUGUGCAGGGACCCCCAGGAGCUCAACCCCAAGUCGGCGUGGCGGCUGCUCGAGCUGUCAGCCAACAGUGUAGAACAACUGAUAUAGGACAUUAAAUAGUUGAGUCAUACAU